GCCACUCUUCGCCCUAUUCUUUACAAACUAUUCGAAAGCUUGCCACCAAUUCUUAACUCUCAUCUCCACAGAAAUGUCAACUCGGAGGUCAAAACGAAGGCCUCGUAAGGCUAUCAACAUUAAUAAUGCGCAUUAUGUCGGAUAUGUUGAAGAAAAUGAGUCCAUUGAGGCUAUUAUGAAGAAGUUUGAGGAGCUUGCGCGUAUUGAGGAGGAGAUUGCAAAAUCCAAAGCCGCAGCUUCAUCUAGCAAUCCAAAGAAUGACAAUGAGGCAUCAGGAUCGAGUCCAGGGCCAGGAUUAGGGGCGGAUCCAGACUCGGGAUCGGGAUCAGGAUCGGGAUCAGGAUCGGGAUUAAGAAGCGGACCAUUCGAGGCUGACGGAGAAGUGAUCUUUGGGGUAGAAAAAAAGCAAAAUACUCCUAAUGAAGACCAAGGAUUUACAGAUGAACAACUCCAGGAGAUCUUUAGAAGGACUUCAGGUUUUACAGUCAGAUCAAUGCUUAGAGAUACACCCGAUGAUAUUUAUGAGGAGGACUUGUGGCAGGCAAGCAUUGCAGAUGAAGAUUACCUUUAUGACUUUGAGGAGGAAGACGAUUACUUGAUGGCUAUGGACGAUGCCUUCUGGGAUGAAGAAAUGAAGACAUCAAAGAAACGUGGCCGUAAAGAGAAGGAGCCCCGACCGCCUAAAGCGCCCAAAGAACCCAAGAUCAGGGGAGUAGGAGAGAAGAGGAGGCUUCAAGGAGCGGACCGGGAGUCGAUUCUACAAAGGUACAAAGUUAUGCAAGUCCGUCUGCAGGACCGAAAUGGAGUGUUUUAUACCGUAAAGAAAAAAGUCUUGACUAUGGACCCUAGUCUACCAACCUAUGUGCGCAUUCCACCUGUCCCUAUACCUCGAUCAUGGAUCCAUCCUAUCAAGACGCUGGAAAAGCAGGCGCAGCUACAGAAUAAUAUUCCUGGUUCGCGGUACGAAGAAACGACAAAUAUUCUAGAAAUGGACUUGACGCGAUUCGGGACUGACUUCCAAGCUAUUUACAUGGAUCCACCGCUUUUGCGUAAAGGAGAAGAGGCAGGACCCAACAAGAUUACAAUGGAACAACUGGGUGCCAUCAAUAUUAACGCGAUCCUACCCAGGGGAUUUCUGUUUGUGUGGUUGGAAAAGGAAUUUUUACCGGAGAUGGUUCGUAUGGCUGAAAAGUGGGAGAUGCGGUAUGUGGAGAAUUUCUGUUGGAUCAAACGAAAUGUGAACAAUCAGAUCGUACGCGACAAAUCGCCCUAUUUCAACUCAUCCAAAUUAUCUCUGUUGAUUUUCCGCAAAGAGGCUGAUGUGGACAUUAGACAUCAAAGAAGUCCGGAUUGCGUGUUUGAUUUCGUCAAACCCAGUGAUCCAACAGAGCUCUCAGAAGAAAAACCAGUGUUCAUGUAUGAGCUUAUUGAAACUCUAUUGCCUCAGGCCGUCUAUUCAGAGAGUAAUCCCAAUGGCGAGCGGAUGCUAGAACUCUGGGCCCGGAAAGGAACAAAACGUAAAGGUUGGACUUCGAUCUGUCAAUUGAAGGUAUAAAGUAGAUGUUUAAUGUAAUACAAAAUAAAAG